UUCACACAUCAGGCGCCUGGGACUCAGCUUUCUCUGCUGGGUGCUUCUUCUCUGCCCUGCCCAUUGCCCGUCCCAGCGUCUGGGGGCAGGUCCAAGUGCCUCCUCGUGCAAAGAUGCUCCUGCUGAUGCUCUUGGCCCUGCUGUGGGGCGGGUCCCCGGCUCAGGACCUAGGAUUCUCGCUGCAAGUGCAGAGGGUGGUGACGGUGCAGGAGGGCCUGUGUGUGCGUGUGCCCUGCACCCUCUCCUACCCCCCGCUAGGCUGGACGGAGGAUACCCCGGCUCUUGGCUACUGGUUCCUAGCCGGGACAGACUCGAGCGUCGGAAGACCAGUGGCCACAAACGACCAGAAUCGGGCAGUGCGGACUGUGCCCCAGGAUCGAUUCCAGCUCGUUGGUGAUCCCCAGAACCGAAAUUGUUCCCUGCUGAUCAGAGAGGCCCUGGUGGAGGACUCGGCGCUGUACUUCUUUCGGGUGGAGAGAGGCCGUUACGUGCAAUACAGUUUUAUGAAAAACCAGUUCUAUCUGCAAGUGACAGCCCUGACACAGCAGCCAGAUGUCUACGCCCCAGAGAUCCUGGAGCCAGGACACCAGGUGACACUCAUCUGUGUGUUUAACUGGACCUUUGAGGAUUGUCCAGCCCCUACUUUCUCCUGGCUGGGGGCCGCCGUCUCCGCCCCAGAACCCAGACCAACGUCCUCCUACUUCUCGGUGCUUACUCUCACGCCGAGACCCCAGGACCAUGGCACCCACCUCACCUGCCGCGUAGACUUCUCCAGGAAGGGUGUGAGCACAGAGAGAACCAUCCGACUUAAUGUCGCCCAUGCCCCCAAAGACCUGGUUAUCAGCGUUUCCCGUGCCAACACGUCAGCCCUGGAGCCCCCCGCACACAGCCCACAUCUAGAGGCUGAGAAAGGCCAGUUCCUGCGACUGCUCUGUGCUGCCGACAGCCAGCCCCCUGCCACACUGAGCUGGGCCCUGGAGGACAGGGUCCUGUCGAGGUCCCACCCCCAGGGCUCCGGAACCCUCGAGCUGGUGCUGCCGGGGGUAAAGCCUGGGAAUUCGGGCUGCUAUACCUGCCGAGCCGAGAACAGGCUUGGCUCCCAGAGCCGCACCCUGGACCUCUCUGUGCAGUAUGCCCCAGAGAAUCUGAGAGUGAUGACCCUGCAUGCAAAUAGGACAGUCCUGGAAAACCUCGGGAAUGGCACAUCCCUCCCAGUCCUGGAGGGCCAAAGCUUGCGUCUGCUCUGUGUCACCCACAGCAACCCCCCAGCGCGGUUGAGCUGGGUCCUGGGGGGACAGACUCUGAGCCCCUCCCAGCCCACAGACCCUGGGAUCCUGGAGCUCCCUCAGAUAGAAAUGGAGCAUGAAGGAGACCUCACCUGCCAAGCUCAGAACCCACUGGGCUCCCAGCACGUCUCCCUGCAUCUCUCUGUGGUCUACCCCCCGCGGCUGCUCAGCCCCUCCUGCUCCUGGGACGGCGAGGGGCUGCACUGCAGCUGUUCCUCCCAAGCCCACCCGGCCCCCACCCUGCGCUGGCGGCUGGGGGAGGGGCUGCUGGAGGGGAACCACAGCAACGCCUCCUGGACCAUCACCUCCAGCUCUGCAGGGCCCUGGGCGAACAGCUCCCUGAGCCUCAGCGGGCUGCUGGGCUCUGGCCUCAGACUCAGCUGCGAGGCCCGGAACGCCCACGGGAAACAGAGUGCCACGGUCCUGCUGCUGCCAGAUAAAGGACUCGUCUCAAAAGCAUUCACCAAUGGAACAUUUCUGGGAAUUGGCAUCAUGACCCUCCUUUUCCUCUGCCUCCUCCUGGUCAUGAAGACUCUGAAGAAGAAACAGACCCAGGCGGGGACUCCGCCGAGGCCCAGGGCCACACGGAGAAGCACGAUCCUGGACUAUAUCAACGUGUUCCCUAACCCUGGCCCCUUGGCUCAGAAUCGGAAAGCCACACCGAGCAGUCCUUCCCAGGCCCCUCCUCCAGGUGCUCACUCCCUGGAAUUUAAGAAGAACCAGAAGGAGCUACAUGUUGUUGCCCACACUUGUCCAGGACCCAAAUCAUUCACUCAAGCCUCAGAAUCAGAGAAUAACCAAGAGGAGCUCCACUAUGCUACCCUCCACUUCUUAGGCCUCAGACCAUGGGAGACCCAGGAGCCCAAGGAUACCUACUCAGAGUACACAAACAUCAAGUUCCACUGAGGCUGUCCCAGGCUGUCACCCUGCAGGGCUGGGAUCCAGGCUAGGCAGAAUGGAGAGGAUGAGGAAGACAAGGUGCCAGCCUGUCUCUCUCUCUCUCUCUCUCUCUCUCUCUCUCUCUUUCGUCCUCCAAGGAUGGGUCCUCCCAUCCCAGACCUGAGCAUUUGGAACAGCUUGGCAAACCUAUCCCAAGGGACCCUCUCUGAAUACACUAUUCUGAGAGGCAAGGAAAAGCCUUUGCUCUGCCACAGUUUCUCAAAGGUGGAGGGCCUUUAAAGACGAUUAAACUACCACUUUGUGAGGUCAGCAAGCUAACUUCAGAGGUUAAGUCUGGCCCACUGCCUAAUUUUGAGCCAAGAGUGCUUUUUACAUUUUAAAUGGUCAGGGGAGGGGCACCCACCUGGUUCAGUCAGAAGAGCUUGUG